AGCAGCACCCAGGCAGGGGGCCACAAAACCACCAGCUCAGAGCAGAAGUGCACUGAAGAGCCUCAGCGCGGAUCAGCACUCAUCCACAUCUGCAUCAGGACUCUGAACAUCUGUUCACGAUGAGCAGAAAGCCAGCGGAUGAAGCAGAGGGAGUCAUUGAGGACAAUGAAUACGUGAACGCACCAGUACGUCCUGAGGACAAAGCCCCCCCAGACCGGAGGCUCCUCUUCUCCUCUCCGUCUCUCCCCCUGCUCGCCGUGUGUUGGAUCCUCCUGCUGCUCAUCAUGGGCCUUCGUAUCUACUUUUCUUCCGUCAUUUCUGAACAAAACGUCAAGCUGAUAAAAGAGAACCAACAGCUGAUGAAAGAGAACCAACAGCUGAUGAAAGAGAUCCAGGAGCUGAGUACAGAAGGUAAGAACACCGAGCUGAAGAACGUGAUCCAGGAGCUGAAGACAGAGAACCAGGAGCUGAAGGAGAACUUCACAAAACAAAUCACAGACCUGGAGGACAACUGGGAGAAGUUCAAUGUCAGCAGAGCUCAGUGGACCAUCGACUCCUACUGCCCAGCAGAUACAAGUAAAGUGAGAACGUGUUCAGCUUGUCAGAAAGGCUGGAACGAGACCCAGAAGAGCUGCAUUGUGCUUCAUAACAGUGAAGCUCCUCCUCAUCUUAAAACCUGGGAAGAAGCUCGAGAGAACUGCAGAGGAAGAGGAGCAGAUCUGGUUGUUGUUCAUGAUGAGGAGGAAAAGAACGUAAUCGAUGCUAAGAUCACACACAUCCCUGUAUCUAAGGGGUACUGGAUGGGCCUGAGGGUUGAAGGAGGGACGUGGAAGUGGAUCGAUGGAACUAAUCUGACUGACGCCUCCUGGAUAGGACCUCCUGCUGAAGGUCACUGUGCCGUUUCUCUCCCGACCAGAAAAUGGACAUCAGUGAAGUGUGAUGAGAAGAGAACAAGGAUCUGCUCACAGAAAGCUUUGUCUGUUUAAACGUCUCAUCUUUCAUUCUCCAGAAGGUUCCUGGAUGCUCCUACAUGUGACAUCAGGUGGCUCAUCAACAUACAAACAUGUAGGA